GGAUGACGUAACCAAGCCUACCAAUAGCUGGCAGCGCGUGGCUUGAACCAGCAAUCCAUUUCCGCUGGAAGCCGUCUAUAUCAAGCGCGCUAUGAGCUGCAAUUGAGCGUGGACAUUGCCAUCUCCACCAUGUCCGUUGCAGCUCUUGUUCCUGCCUGCCUCCAAAGUGGUUCCUUCCUCGAACAUGACGUACCAGGCUAGCGCGGCGACCAAGCGGGAGCCAACAAAUGCAAGUGGGCCCUUGUCGCUCCUGCUGUCACGACAUUCAGUUAUCGCGACUCCUCAUGGCGACUUUAGUCUUACUCUUGUAUAAGACCGCAUUUCAGCGAGGUUUCGGAGACUAAGUUCAGGUUUCCUCCUGAAAAAUUGAUAUUCGACCCCGCAUUAGCUGGUUUUGUUGAUCACUUUUGUCGCGAUCAAUAUGACUGAGCAGGCGGUUAACGACAACAGCCUUAGCAAGAGCAAGGACUCCAAUACAGACACCACAAAGCACUUGACCGUUACCUUACCAGCUGCUGGUGGAUCUUCCACAGUGGAGGCAGUUCUGGAACUCGAUGCAGAUGCAACAAAGCACCCACGCCUGGCCAAGAUCACCAAUUAUCCAGCCAAAGAAGGGGUCAAUCCGCCCUCAGACGUUCGCGAAACACACGUCAUUCUGUCAAUUGGGUCUGGACAUCAGCAGGCAGCCAUCUUCUAUGAUGAGUGUGUGGGCCCCAUUCUUGCUGCAGUCUACCCAAACGACCAUGAAAAGUUCCAGAUUCACACCACGACUUCGGUGACUAGUGUGCUCGAGCUCACGAACAAUGUGAUCUUCAUGAGAGCAAAUGCGGGUGCAGCAUUUCGGAUCAUUGUUCUCUCAGGUGACGGCGGUGUCAUCGAUCUAGUCAACGGGCUAUCUUCGCGCGCGACAUCACCAUCCUACGUCGCGCCCCAAGUCGUCUUGCUGCCAUUGGGAACCGCAAACGCGCUUUACCACUCCAUAAACGUUGGGAAAACAAACACGUGGGGCGUCAAUGCACUGGCAUCAUCACGGUCUCGACCCCUUCCUAUCUUCACAGCAUCUUUCUCACCUGGCGCACGGCUAUUGGUAGAUGAAGCGCGCAGCGAAGCGGAGCUCUCGGAAGACCCCUCAACAGGUCGACCGACCCUCCACGGCGCCGUAGUGUGCAGUUGGGGCAUGCACGCCGCCCUCGUCGCCGACAGCGACACAGCAGAGUACCGCAAGUACGGCGUUGAGCGCUUUAAGAUGGCUGGGAAGGAAGCCCUGUAUCCUGCCGACGGCUCAGCACCGCAUGCGUACAAGGCUAAAGUCUCUGUGCUGCGGGGUGAGCAGUGGACGGCGCUGAAGGAAGAAGAGCACAUGUACACCCUUGCAACCAUGGUUUCGAAUCUCGAGCAACCUUUCUGUAUCUCGCCGCACUCAAUGCCGUUGGAUGGGAGCAUGCACCUCGUGCACUUCGGGCCAACAAGUGGAGAUGAGGCCAUGAGAUUGAUGGGCCUGGCAUACCAAGGCGGCAAACACAUCGAGGACCCGGCUAUCCGAUACGAAGCAAUCGACGGAAUACGCAUCGAAUUUGAAGGUCGCGAGGAAGAAGAGCGAUGGCGACGAAUUUGCGUCGACGGUAAGAUCGUAAGGGUCGAGAAGGACGGCUGGGUUGAGCUGCAGAAGGACGCGAGAAGCGUGCUGGACAUUGUUGUUGUCUAGACCCCAUCAGAUAGCGGUAAAUCCACAUCCCAGCGGCAGCAACGGCUUGGAGAUGUGCUCAGUGACACUCGCCUGCUAUCGGGAAACACGCCUGCUUCUCGUUUACGCACGCGGCAUGCAUCACUAACACAGCGC